GAUGUUCCUGAUCAUACGGGCGCUGGAAUAUUAAUGCUCCUACCUGAACUUGAAUAUUAUUAUUAUUGGUUUUGCGAUAAUUAACCAUAUUUUUCCAGAUAUUUACCUUCUGUAACAAAAAUACUAAAGCAAGAUGGACCCCUACCAUAAAGAAGAUGUGCCGAGCAGCCUGUGCUUCUUCACAAGCCUGGUGCUAGUGGUGCAGGGCCUGGGGUUGCUAUCUGUUAUCCUGGUCUCAGUCUGGAUGGGCAACUACCUGGGCGGGUUUGCCUGGUCCGAGGAUCCGGACCGACAGUUCAACUACCACCCCGUUUUCAUGGUCAUUGGCAUGAUCUUCCUCUACUCUGAUUCUAUCCUGGCGUACCGGGUGUUCAGGAAUGUCAACAAACUGUACGUGAAAAUCCUUCAUGCGAGCUUGCACGUUGGGGCUCUGAUAUUUGCCGCUGUCGGACUGAAAGCCGUGUUUGACUUCCAUAACGCCAAAUCUAUUCCAAACCUGUACAGCCUGCAUAGCUGGAUAGGACUCUCAACAGUCAUUCUUUUUGGAUUGCAGUGGGUGUGUGGCUUCGUCGCCUUCCUGUUCCCCAAGCUGAGCUAUGGGCUGCGUACUCGUUACAUGAGCCAACACGUGUUCUGGGGCCUCACCAUCCUCGCUAUGGCUGUGGGAGCCGCCCUGACGGGCAUCAUGGAGAAGGCGUGGUUCAUGAACUUCGCAAAGGACUCUAAAUUCAAAUACAGCGCCCUACCCUCUGAGGGCGUGGUGAUCAAUUGCCUGGGCGUGUCCAUCAUCGUCAUGGCGAUCAUCGUGUUCUACCUGGUAACCAGGCCCGAGUAUAAGAGGCCCAGAGGUCCCGAAGAGGAGGAGCAUAUACAGCUUUCCAACAACUAAAGGGAGAGAAUUUAAUAACCAGAUUCAAUUUUAAAGGGAGAGAACUCAAAAAGCAGAUUCUAUUAUAAAGGGAGAGAAUUCAAUAACCAGAUUCAAUUCUAAAGGGAGAGAAUUAAAAACCACAUUUAACUCUAAAAGGGCUUGGGUUAUUUUGGCAUUCAGCAAUAAAGGAAAGGAAUUCCAAUCCACACGGAGCUCUUAAUGGGGUUCAACAUUAUAUCCAACUGUAAAGAGAGGGAAUUUAAUGCUGCAUUCAGCUUUUAAUGGGUUUCGAUAUAAUCCAUCUCUUAUGGGAGGGAAUCUCUUACGCAAUGUAGAUUUAAUUGAGCUUGUGUGACGUACAUUACAUUGCUUAGAUGAUAUUUACGAGAUGUACUAGUACAUAAUGUUGUAAUUCUUUUUAGAGAUUAAAAAAAUGUUUACUUUAUCUGCUAUAUAUUUUGUUUAAAAAAAUAUGAUUUACAAAUGUAGUCAUAUGAUAUAUAAUAUAUAUUUUUGUUGAAAUGUGAAGAAAAUAUAUAAAAAAAAUAAUUGAAUGGAUGUGAAAAGGAGUUUAAAUAAGUUUUGUCUUUGACCUUGGCAAACGAUCAAAAGAUAUUUUGUAAUCAAUUUUGUCAUCUUUAUGGAUCUUCAAAUGGGCUUUGGUUUUGUUCAGGUUUAUGUAUAGCUUAGUAAUUUGACAUGAGUGUUUUUAAGGGUAAUUAUUUCUUAGAUCAUAUCAUUUUUAUAUUUUAUAUAUAUUUCAAAUUACAACAAUUUUCAACAUGUUUACCUUCUUUUAUCUGUAAAAGUUUUGAAUUUCAUGUAGUGCUUAUUUAAUUUCAUAAGUCCCGAUGCAUGAUAAAUUCAAUAGUGUUUAUUUCUGGUAUCUGCAUGUAUGUUUGAAUUGCAUUUGAUUGUUCUUAGAGAGUUUAUAGAUUAAACUUUGUUUUAUUUUUUAUGCCCGGAUCGAAUGAUCGAGGGUAUGUUGUCUUUGGCCUGUCUUUCAUUCUGUCCCAAAACUUUUAUCUUGGUUAAAGUUUUCCUAUAACUUUUGCAAUAUUGAAGAUAACAACUCGAUAUUUUGCAUGCUCAUUUUGAGUGGCGAAAGUCAAGGUCAUUCUUCAAGGUCAAGUGUAAAAGCGGCGCAGUAAGGGGGAUUGUGUUUCACAGUUCUUGUUCUACCAGAAAAUUCAUUAAAUUUUAAAAUGUCCUUUUAUUGGUUAUUUGAUUUAUAAGAGUAAUGCUGGAUAUCCAUCGGGAGAUCGUAUUUAGAAAACGUUUGAGCAUCAUCAUGCAAAAAUGUGGUUUCUGCCAUGUGCGGCCAGCGUAGAUACAGACAGCUAGCUGAUGCAUCGGCACAUUAUAGUUGUUCAAAUCUAGUAUUCUUAUUUGUUAUUUUGAUUUGCCAUAAUAAUUUUUAAUUGUUUUAUGUGUUUUUUAUCGUGUUUUAUUUAUAUUAAAAAAAAUGAAAUGGUCUUCAACGUUGUCAUUUGGUUAUUGUGACAUGAUUACCAAUGUACCAAUCAAUUCCAAGUAUGUCCCUUAAAUUAUAAUUGUUGUAUUAAUCGUUUAUUUCAGCAAAAAUGUAAUUCCAGUGUGAAACAUUGUAUUUUGUUCAAUAAGUCACUUGUUAUAAAACACAUGUACAUUAUUAUAAAUGAUGAACAUUUUUUCUGACAUUCAUUCUUUUAAGUCAUUGCUUAGGUCACUUGAGCAUGAAGUGUGUAAGUUAAGUAAUUGCUUAGCUCACUUGAGCACAGAGUUCCAGAUAAGGAUUUAGUCUAAAGAGUAUUUUACCCCAUUAUAUUAUUGUUAAAGGGUAUUUUACACCUUUGUUUCAGCCAUAAAGGUUAUUUAAGAAUAUUUAGAGGUAUUUUCCAUUUCUAUAGAAAACUGACAUAGUACAUGGCGUGUUUAAUCUAGAAAUAUUAUUAUUUGUUAUUUAUAAGUGCAAACAAAAUAAAUUUUAAAUGAUGAUAUUAACAGACGGUCUUUAAAAUAUUCAACUUACAUGAGUUGUAUCUCUGUCUUGAUUGGAUCUUUCUUGCAUAUAGUGUUCAUAUAGAACCCGAACGUCAUUUCGCAAUUAAACUAAGUUAUGGCACUGCUUGUACAAUUGAAAAUAAAGUCACACUGCCUGUGGUCUAUGUAAGUAAACUAUAAACUUCUUCAACAAUUAGAUCGCUUAAAAUUAUUUUAACUAUUCUAGAAGAAUCAUCAGAUUUAUUCUAUUGGUAUAUUGUAAUAUACAGUUACUUCCUGCAGGAGCGGCUGUUGACUUGAAACGUCCCGUUUUCGAACUUAUAAUACGAUGGGCUGCCAUUUCGAUUACAAGGUUCUUUUGAUUGGCUUACUUUUGAUUCAAAGGUUAAAUUACACUUAACACUCGACUAGAUUAUUGGUUAAACCGGUUACCCACUUUAAUUGAUCACAAAUCGUACCAAGAUUUGUAUUGCGUAAUGUUACGUACUGGGUCGAGUUUUAAAGUGUUUUUUUUUAUUUUUCAAUGCGUAAAUACUUGAGCAUGAAGUGUGUAAGUUACUAGUAAGUCAUUGCUUUGCUCACUUGAGCAUGAAGUGUGAUAUGUAGUUAAGUCAUUCCUUAGCUCACUUGAGCAUUUAGUGUGUAAGUUAAGUCAUUGCUAAGCUCACUUGAGCAUGAAGUGUGUAAGAGUUUUGCACAUGUAUUGCGGUCAGUUACCAAUGUUUUAGCGUUCAUAGUUGACCCUUAUGAACAAUCGUCUCAAACAAUGUCAUUGAAAAAGCUUGAAAAAAACUUUUAAAUAUCUGUUCUUUGUCUUUAAAAGAAAAUGUAAACUUAGGGAAAAGAAUACGUGCAGUUUUAUGUAGAAAAAAUUGAGAUUGUUAUUGUUUGUCAUUUAAUGUAAUACUUUGAAAAUAAUUUCACAGCAUUGAAUCAUGGAUGCUGAUCAGCCGUAUUCAGCUAAACUAUUAUGGUUUUGCCAAUACAUGGCUGAGAGAAAUGCAUUAUGGUCAGAUUAAAUGUACAGUACUUUCAAAUGACUUUUUGAUUCCACUUUGACUUUUGUUUUUUGGUCGAAUUAGUAUGUGUGUUUAUUGUGCAAUAUAUGACAUGUUGACAUAACCAGUUGUUGUAAAUGUAUAUUUAUUAAGCUUUGUCAUGCAAAAAUGGGGCUUAUGCCAUAUGCAGCAAGCGUAGCUGUAGACAAGCCUGCACAAUCGCGCAAGUCUUGUCAGGAACUACACUGCCCACUAAAAAAUCACUCAGGGUUUCGUGGUCUCGAUAGCGGACAGGGAAGCUCCUGACAAGACGGCUAAAAGGGCAGGCAGGUCUAAAGCUUCCCUGGCCAAUUAUGGCAUAAGAACCAUUUUCACAUGAUGCGGGUCUUAUUAUGUUAGUAGCUCUGUUGUACGCUGUAAUUGAUAUUAAUUGUUUUUACCAUGUUUUUAUUGCUGUACUUACACUUUAAAUUAAUACAGUAAAUCAACUUAUCAAAAAAAGGACCAAUUAAGGACGUGCUAUAGUGAGCUUUUUGUAAAAAUAUAAAUACAAUUUUUACGAGUAUAAAAUUUUACAAUGUGUUCAAUACUAUCUUUUAAUAGAAAGAAUUUAUUUUUUUUGCCUCAAGUAUCAAACGGAUCAGUAGUCCACAUGCAACCCAACCUUAAGGAACCAUUUGUCUACCUUUAUUUAAAUCUUUAGAUAUAUUUAGCAACAAUAAAUUUAUCAUAUGUAUUAUUAAAAAGCAUGAUAUGAUUUAUUAAUGAUAUUAAAUUAAGUUUCUGUUCUGUUACAGAAAUACAUAUAAGGUUCAUACUACAGUAGAUCUAUAUCAAAUGCUAUUCGUUUUACUCAGUGGUCAAGUUUCAACCUUUAAGUAUCUAUCUGAUAAACAUCAAACUUUUGAAAUGAGUUUAAAUUAAUUUUAAAAUAUCUUUUAAUUAUUAAUACAUACAAGCAUGUGCUAUCAUUUUUUGUAACCAUUCCGAAAGCAAAAUUAUACACAAAUAAAACGGAAGGUCAAUUCGAUAGGUAUAUUGUCAGGGUAUCGGUACAUUUUUGGACAUUGUCCUAAGGGAAUAUUUGUGUGUGUCUAACAAUUUUUUUGACACUUUUUUUCAAAUGUCUGAAAACUAAGAGCAAUUACGGUAAUAAUAGCUAGAUUAGUUGUUUUUGCAAAGUUUAUGUAACGUAACCAAGUUCUCCAUUUAUCAAUCUUUGCCCCAUUUUCAAUAAGGCUUUGCUUAUGUUAUUGUAUUUUGUGAAGUAUACAAUAAAAAUGUAUGUUUUGUUA